AUGGACCUUGCGGUCUAUCAGAGACUUCUGACGAAGCUCCAUAUCGCAGGCUUCUUCCACACACGCCUUCCUGAAAAGGAUGACACCGGUGGCGGGGGCACGGCGAACCGUUCCCUGACAGACAGGCUCCUUACGCGAACCAUCGUGGGUGAGAAAAGGAUACUCUACCUGAUACCAUUCUGGUGGGCCAAGGGUGAGCCAAAGCUCAUGACGGAUCAAAGCCACGGUGGGCUGUCGCUUGGGGAAGUUGUCCAGAAGAUGCACAUGGCAUCUCCGGGACAACAUCCAAUAAACCUCCACGUGCUUGACCUGGGUGUCCCGCAGAUCAGACGACCGUGGUUGUCUAUUUCAGAGUGGACGGGAUGGUUGGAGCUCUUCCAACCCACAUCCACUCCUCCGAAACGUCAACAAUCGCCGCCGACGGAGAACAUCAUCAACUGCAAGGUUUUCAUAGCUCCGUCAACCGUUCCUCCUACACCACAACGUAUCGCCAAGGACCGAAGGUCUAUCGGAGCCACCAGGCUGAGAGCAAAGUGGAACUCCAUAUCUGUAGGCAUCUUCCACCGUUCGCCUGAGAAGGUUACUGAGUAG